AGGUAGCGCUGUGGUAUUUAUAAGGAAUGAGUGGCGAGUCAAACCGAAGAGAAAAUGAUAUUUAAUUAUUGAUGUGAUUCACAAGUUUUUAUACAUGUAAACUGAGUAAAACUGAAAACUUAAAAAAAUGCAACCUAACUCGUUGUUAGAGAAACUUCGACAGUUUGACGCGUAUCCGAAAACUUUAGAAGAUUUUCGAGUGAAAACAUUCAGUGGGGCUACAAUUACAGUCAUUAGUGGAAUAAUAAUGGCAACAUUAUUCCUAUCAGAACUGAAUUAUUACUUGACUCCGGAAAUGACUGAAGAGCUGUUUGUGGAUGUAUCACGUGGGGAAAAGCUUCGAAUCAACAUAGAUGUUGUAUUUCCUAGAAUAUCUUGUAGUUAUCUUAGUAUUGAUGCAAUGGAUGUAUCGGGAGCCCAACAGAUAAACGUUGAACAUAAUGUUUAUAAAAGACGUCUUGAUCUUGAAGGAAAACCAAUAGAGAAACCAGAAAGAGAAAAGAAACUAGGGGAUGCAUCUGAGGAGUUUACUAAGGCUAUCAAGCCAACUCUGGAUCCCAAUAGAUGUGAAAGUUGUUAUGGAGCAGAGUAUAGAAAUAUGAAUUGUUGCAAUACAUGUGAUGAUAUUCGAGAAGCAUAUCGGAGAAAAGGCUGGGCUCUUCCUGAUCUUGAUACCUUUGAACAAUGUAAGAGGGAAAAUUACAAUGAGAAGUUAAAGGUUCAUGAUAAAGAAGGUUGCCAGAUAUUUGGCUAUCUAGAAGUUAACAGGGUUGCUGGUAACUUCCAUAUAGCUCCUGGAAAAAGCUUUUCACAGCAUCACGUGCAUAUCCACGACUUACAACCAUUUUCAUCAUCUCAGUUUAACUUGACACAUCGGAUACGUCACAUGUCUUUUGGUCGAAACAUACCAGGGAAAACUAACCUUCUUGAUGGAACACAACAAAUAGCCGAAGAAGGUAUGAACAUUAUCAUAUCUUUUUAAAUAUGUUUUCACGUU